GAAAAUACAUACGUGCCAUUCGUCGGUAAAUGCAGUAUCCACUCCGGCUGGUCGGGCAAGGACGGAGACUCAUAUCACCGACAAGGAGAACGCCUGUAAGUUCAAAUUUGGAACGAGGAUCUCGUCGGUAAUUGGGGAUCAAUUUCCAACGUUCUCCUUCUCGGUAAUUGCCACUCCCAAUGCAACCCGCGUCAACCAGCUGGCCGCCUGCGGCAGGGGGAGUGCAGCUUUUUGCUCAAAUUGCCGACAUAAGCCUUGUCGGUAAUUUGGCAUUCAGCAACUUUCCCGCGAAUCCGGCUGCUGGCCGGUGGCGUGGCAGCCUUUAUUUGAUUACCGAUGAGAUGCAGGUCGGUAAAAUGUAUAUUGCCAACUUGAUGCUCGUCGGUGAUGGGCCCGGUCAACGAGAAUCCUGUCACCGUGCAGAGGUGGUCAGCUUUAGACUGUAGCAACGUGAGUUUCGUCGGUAAAUUUGCCUAUGCCCUGCCGACCCGCCCUUCUGCCUUCAUUUUGGUCUUUCUCCUUCCAUUUUCAUUUCCCUCUUGUCCCGCGAGUUAUUCUUGCUCCC